GCCUUGCGCAAGCAUUUAGACCAAGUGCGUAGGUGCGCAGGACACGUGUGGAUUGCAGCUGCUUGUAGUUCGUUUUGUCCAGAUUAUUUCUGCCCGACUUCCAGAGCUUUCUUUGCAAACUGCGAUCACGAAAACUCAUGCCAGUAUUCUUAUUCUGUUACCCUUGUGACAACUGGAGGAAUUACUUUGCAGUCGACAAACUGAUAACCCCGUUUUAGUGAUUGCGUAUUUCAAGCAGCAUGCUCAUUCAGUCAGCGCUUCAUUAGUGCUUUAGUACUGCGUUCAGUUUUCACUCCGAGAAAGAAAAGAAAGCUUUGUAGUUUAGAUCAGUGUUUCUUGGUUAAUCGCAAUGUCCUCCGGGAAUGUGUCGGAGAUGAGUCGGCGGUUCUGUGUGCUGUCCUGGGAGCAGGUACGGCGUUUGGAUGCCAUCCUCGGAGAAAGCGUCCCGAUCCACGGACGUGGAAACUUCCCUACGUUGUCCGUCCAGCCCAGGCAAAUUGUGCAGGUGGUACGGGCUCGGCUGGAGGAGCGGGGCAUCGCUGUGCGGGACGUGAAGCUGAACGGGUCUGCUGCCAGCCACGUGCUGCACCAGGACACGGGCCUGGGCUACAAGGACUUGGACCUGAUCUUCGGGGUGACCCUGACGGACGACCGGGCCUUCCGGCUGGUGAAGGACGUGGUGCUGGACUGCUUGCUGGACUUCCUGCCACCCGGCGUGAGCCGGGAGCGCCUCUCCCCCCUGACGCUGAAGGAGGCGUACGUGCAGAAGCUGGUGAAGGUGUGCAACGACACGGACCGCUGGAGCCUCAUCUCUCUGUCCAACAACACCGGCAAGAACGUGGAGCUCAAGUUCGUGGACUCGCUCAGGCGGCAGUUCGAGUUCAGCGUGGACUCCUUCCAGAUCGGCCUGGACUCCCUGCUGCUCUUCGACAGGUGCUCGGAGACGCCCAUGUCAGAGAGCUUCCACCCCACCGUCCUGGGCGAGAGCGUGUACGGGGACUUCCAGGAGGCCCUGGACCACCUCCGGCAGCGAACCAUCGCCACGCGCAGCCCGGAGGAGAUCCGGGGCGGCGGGCUGCUCAAGUACUGCCACCUGCUGGUGCGGGGCUUCCGCGCGGCCUCGGAGAGCGAGAUGAAGUCGCUCCAGCGCUACAUGUGCUCGCGCUUCUUCAUCGACUUCCCCGACAUCGGCGAGCAGCAGCGCAAGCUGGAGGCCUACCUGCAGAACCACUUCAGCGGCAUGGAGCACAAGCGCUACGAGUGCCUGGCCACGCUCCACCGCGUGGUCAACGAGAGCACCGUGUGCCUGAUGGGCCACGAGCGGCGGCAGACGCUGGGACUCAUCUCCGCCCUGGCGCUCCGGGCGCUGGCGGAGCAGAACGCCCUGCCCACCGUCACCAACGUCACCUGCUACUACCAGCCCGCCCCUUACGUCAGAGACGUCAACUUCAGCAACUACUACGUGGCCCGCGUCCAGCCCCACGCGCCCCUCUGCAGUAGCUCCUUCCAGACCUGGCAGCCGUGUAACUGAGGUUUUGGGAGGACUGCUGGGGUCGGGGCGGGGCGGGGG